AGUAAAUUAUUAUUUUCCUUGAGAAGCACCUGACCCGUGACAGCAUGCUAGUUUCCUUUAUACAAACACAAAAGACUGAGCAACUUUCUUUCUUGGACUGCCAGAAAAUGAAUCUCCUUCCAAGAAUUCAUAUUAUCACAACCUCAGCCAUUGCUGAACCUCAUCUCCUUCCCCAUUUGCAGUAAACAGGUUUUAUAGCAUUCCCUUUUUGUCUAUUUUCCAAUGGAAACGCCAAGAAAGAGUGAGGUAGCGGUUUGGGCAGUCGUGUUCCUUUGCUUUUGGACCUCUGCAAACGGUUUGCUUUCCGCAAAAGGUGUCAACUUUGAAGUGCAAGCUUUGAUGGGGAUUAAAGCUGCUUUGAGGGAUCCUCAUGGGGUUCUUGAUAAUUGGGAUGGUGAUGCUGUUGAUCCAUGUAGCUGGACUAUGGUCACUUGUUCCUCUCAGAAUCUUGUGAUUGGCUUAGGGAGUCCUAGUCAGAAUUUAUCUGGCACUCUGUCUCCUAGCAUUGGGAACUUGACUAAUCUUCAGAUAAUAUUGUUGCAGAACAAUAACAUAACGGGACCGAUUCCAUCCGAGCUUGGGAAGCUGUUGAGGCUUCAAACGCUUGAUCUUUCGAAUAAUCUGUUUAGGGGCAGCAUUCCUCCCUCUUUAGGCCUCUUGAAAACUCUUCAGUACAUGAGGCUCAACAACAACAGUCUCUUUGGAGAGAUUCCAAUGUCACUUACCAAUUUGACUCAGCUUUCAUUAGUGGACUUGUCUUACAACAACAUGAGCGGCCCUGUGCCUCGUUUCCCUUCAAAGACGUUCAAUGUAAUUGGGAACCCCUUGAUAUGUAACAGAGGCUUCGAACCUCAAUGUGCUGGUGGCGUAGCACUGAUGCCGAUGUCCAUGACCUUAAACACUACACAAACAGCUCUUACCUCUUCCAAAUCGAAAUAUCGCAAGCUUUCCCUUGUGAUUGGGACGAGCGUGGCAGCCAUCUGUCUGCUUGCUGCUGGAUUCGGGCUGUUUUUCUGGAGAAGACAGAGGCGUAAGCAGCAAAGGUUCUUUGAUGUUAAUGAUCGUGAGCACGAGGAAGUCUCACUCGGGAACCUGAGGAGGUUCCACUUCAGGCAGCUGCAGCUCGCAACGAACAACUUCAGCAGCAAGAACAUCCUAGGAAAAGGCGGCUUUGGCAACGUCUACAAGGGCUAUCUCCAAGAUGGCACAGCCGUGGCUGUGAAGCGCCUCAAAGACGGAAGCACAGCAGGCGGGGAGAGACAGUUCCAAACAGAAGUCGAGAUGAUCAGCCUAGCUGUCCAUCGAAACCUCCUCAGACUGUACGGUUUUUGCAUGACAGAGACCGAGAAACUCCUGGUGUACCCCUACAUGUCGAAUGGCAGCGUAGCUUCUCGCCUCAAAGCCAAGCCGGUCCUAGACUGGAGCACGAGGAAGCGGAUCGCCCUAGGAGCUGCAAGGGGGCUGCUGUACCUCCACGAGCAAUGUGACCCGAAGAUAAUCCACAGAGAUGUCAAGGCAGCAAACAUACUCCUCGACGACUACUGUGAGGCGGUGGUGGGUGAUUUCGGGUUGGCAAAGCUCCUAGACCAUCAGGACUCACAUGUCACCACUGCUGUCCGUGGCACAGUCGGCCACAUAGCCCCGGAGUACCUCUCGACGGGCCAGUCCUCUGAGAAGACCGACGUCUUUGGAUUCGGAAUCCUUCUCCUUGAACUCAUCACUGGACAAAGAGCACUACAGUUUGGCAAAUCAGCUAAUCAGAAGGGAGCUGUUCUUGAUUGGGUCAAGAAUCUUCACCAAGACAAGAAGCUCGAAGAUCUCAUCGACAAAGAUCUCAAGAACAACUAUGAUAGAAUCGAGCUAGAGGAGAUAGUGAAAGUGGCAUUGCUGUGCACUCAAUAUCUUCCCGGGCUGAGGCCUAAGAUGUCGGAGGUUGUUCGCAUGCUUGAAGGCGAUGGGCUAGCGGAGAGAUGGGAGGCAUCUCAGAGAGUAGAGUCACACAAGUUCAAGACACAGGAGCUGUCGUCGUCAGAGAGAUAUUCGGACCUGACCGAUGAUUCGUCGUUGCUUGCACAGGCUAUAGAGCUCUCUGGUCCAAGAUGAGAAACAACUGCUUGUGGUUUUGAUCAUCACACUUCUCAAAGGGGAAGUUCACAGAGAGAUUUAAAAAAAGGCUAUUAAAUUUGAAAGCCAAGUUUUCUUUAUGUUUGAAAAUAGCAUAGCAAAGAUGUAAGCUGCAGAAAUGGUUUGGUGUUUCCUCAUUACUGUAUAGGGUAGCUUUUCUUUUUCUCUUAUGCAUGAGAGUGAUUUUGUAAGUUGGAGUGUUGAUUCUUUUUUCUUUUUUGUUAUAUUUAUGGAAGUAAUAUAAACCAUUACUUUUUUUA